AUGAAUGAAGAGGUUAUUUUAUUACAUUAUAUGAGAUCAGAAGACCAUAAUUUUAAAGAAAUGCUUCCUUCAUAUAUAGAUCAUGGAAAUUGUAAUAUUUCAUAUGAAAAUAAUACUUAUAAUUCAACAAUUACUUAUGAUAAAUGUUAUAUUAUAAAAGAAAAUAUUGAUGGAUUUACUUAUGAUUCUUCAACAAUGGAAAUUCAAAAUUAUUGUAUGAUAUUAGGUGGAACAAUACUUCAAGAUGUAUCUCCACGAUUAUUAAUUGAUAUUUUAAAUAAAUAUCAUGCAUAUUUAAGAUCUUAUCAUAAUAAAUCUUUGGGUAAAAUAGUAAUUAAAAAAAACUUAGAUAAUAUAGAUGAAUAUGGUGUAAUAGAUAUGGAAAAUGAUAAAACAAUACCAUUAAAUAAUACAGAAGCAGAAAUAUUAAAAAGUGUAUCAAAUUUAAAUGAUAGACUAAAAAUUUUUUUUAAUAGAGAAAGAAUGGAUUUUUUACAAGAUUUAAUUAUAGGUAGUGAAUGUAUAGUUGAAAUAAAAAAUAAAUUAUAUCCUGCAAAAAUAGAAUCAAUUUUACAAAAAAACUUAAAUAGUGGUAUUCUUUUUCAAGUAUCUAUUGAGAGUAGUAGUAUGUAUAAAAAUGCUUAUGGAAAUUCACAAUUUUUUGCAACAAAUGAAUCAAGACAACCUAUAUUUUUGGGACCAGAAAAGAUAUAUUCUAAUUAUGGUAUAUCAAAUAUAUCUCCUAAUAUUAUAAGAAAUGGUGAUAGAAUACAAAUAAGACAAAGAGCAUCUAGUCAAAGUGCAUUAAGAAAUCCACAAUAUUCAAAUUAUGAUAGAUAUCCAAAUAAUAUGAUAGCAGGAUCAAAUAGUAUGCAAUUUUCACAAAUAAAAUAUCAACCAAAAAUUUUGUAUGGUAAUUAUAACAAUUUAGGAAAUUCAAAUGAUAUGAUAACACCUUCAAUAACAUAUGAUGGUAUAUCACAACAAUAUUAUAAUAAUGGUAAUAAUAAAUCAUUACAAAAUGGAACAUCAAUUAUAAAAAAAAAAGAAGAUCAUUCAUUUCGUAAAGCUAUAGGUAAAAGUAUAAAUAAAGGAAUAGAUUUAAUAAAAUCAAAAUCACAUACAAAAAUUGGUAGUAAAAUAAUACCAUAUAUUUCAUCAAAUAUUAUUAGUGAUUAUUCUCGUGGAUCAUUUGAUUUAACAGAAAGAAUAAUAUUUUGUGAUGAAGAAGGUGGUAAACAUUUUGGUACAGUAAAAUAUUAUGGAUUAUUAUCAUCACCUAGUUUAGAUAAUUUUAUUGGUAUACAAUGUGAUGAUGAUGAUAUUGGUUUUGGGAAUGGUGAAUUAAAUGGGAAACGUUAUUUUCAUUGUGAUGAUGGUAAAGCAGCAUUUGUACAUUCAAAAACUUGUUGGAAAAUGUCUGAUUAUGAAUAUCAAAAAAAAAUAAAUGAUGAAAGAAAAAUAAUAAUGAAUAGAGGAAAAGAAAUUAUUAAUGAUAUAGAAUUAAAAAGAAAAUUAAAAUAUGAUAAUAAUAUUAGUAAUAAUAAAGAUGAUAUAAUUAAAACAUCAUCAUUAAUAUGUUCAGGAGAACCAUAUGGUCCACCACCAUCAUAUAAUGAAACAUUUCAAAAUGAACAACAACAACAACAACAAAUAAUAAUUAGUAAUUCAUCAUCAAUAAAAAAUUUUGGUAAUAUAGAUAGUGGUAUAGAAGAAAAACCAUCACAACCAUCUAAAAAUUAUGAUUCAUUAAUAGGAAGAUUUAAGGGUAUACAAGGACAUAAUAAUAGUUGUUAUUUAGAUGCAACAUUAUAUUCAAUGUUUUUACAAUCAACAGAAUUUGAUAAAUUAAUAUUAGAAAAAAAAAAGACAUAUGAUGAUAUAAAAGAAUUUAAUGAAAUACAAAAAAUUUUAAAAAAUGAAAUAGUUUAUCCAUUAAGAAAAUUUCAUUUUGUUAGAGCUGAUCAUGUAUUAAAAUUAAGAAUAUUAUUAGGUAAAAUUUUAAAUGAUGAAAUAGGUAUGACAUCAAAUGAAAAAGAUCCAGAAGAAUUUAUGAAUGCAUUAUUUGAAAAAGUAUUUAAAAUAAAGCCAUUAUUAAGAUUACGUAAUAUAAAUGAUGGUAAAAUUCAUGAUACAUUUUUUUGUCCAUUAAUAGCAGAUGAUUCAUGGACAUUACAACAAAGAAAAUUAAUGAAUUUACAAUAUUUAUUUGAUCGUUCAAUAUUUUCAUCAACAAUUGAAUUAGCUGAAAUUCCUAAUCUUUUAAUAAUACAAUUACCAAGAAGUGGUGAAAUAAAAAUAUUUGAAAAAAUUGUACCAACAAUGAUAUUAGAUAUUUCAAAUGUAGUAUAUACAAAUACAAAAAUAUGUAGAUUAUGUAAAAGAUAUCCAGCAACAAAAAAAUGUCCUGAAUGUUUUUUAACAAAAGAAUGUUAUUUAAAAGAUGUAUUUUAUUGUACAAGAUGUUUUAAAGAAGGACAUAAUGAUAUUAAUUCAAAUACACAUGUACCAUGUGAUGUUAUUACAAAAGAUAUAUUAGGAUGUAAAAAAAUUUUAUUAAAAUUAUCAGCUGUAUUAUGUAUUGAAACAUCACAUUAUGUAUCAUUUGUAAAUUGUAAUGUUAAUUCAAUAACACCUGAAAAUGAUCGAUGGGUAUUUUUUGAUUCAAUGGCAGAUCGUGAAGGUUUAUCUGAAGGUUAUAAUGUGCCUACUGUAAAAGAAGUGCCAAAUUUAUCUAAAUGGUUAACAGAUGAAGGUUUUAAAAAAUUACAUGAAAUAUUAUUACAACAACCACAAUCAUCAUCACAACCAUUACAAUAUGAUAAUGAUUUAUUAUUAAAAAGAUUACUUGCUGAUUGUUAUAUAUGUAUUUAUCAAUAUACAGAUGAAUUAAAUGAUUGUGAGAGAGGAUUAAAUAAAUCCUCAUCACGGGUGUAA